GAGUCACUUAUUACGCUCGCAUCUCAUAACCGCGACAUGCAGAACACAAUGCACCAUGGCUAGUCUGGCUGCAGGAUGGUGGCAAUUCAUGCUUUAUUCUUUACAGGCAUUGCUUGGAGUGUAUGUUUGCAACACUACGAUGUCCCCUACAGAAGCCGUGGCCGGUUAAUCUAAAAAUCGUGGAGAAAACAGCACGAGAAUACUACUGGAAAGGGUCUGAUGAACAUGCAGACUGCAGUGGAUACAUGGGGAGAUCCGACAGCAAUGUAUUUCUGCAUGAUGGACUACUGAGAAAAAUGGGUCUCGUGUUCCUGCGUUCUCAGCGUCUGCUGUCUGUCUCGCUUCGCUGCUUCCAGCGUCUGCAAGUGGAACUUGUGUCUCUCUGCUCAGCACCCUCAUUUCAAAAGCUUCCGCGCGUAGCACUGAUCUAUCGGAUUAUACGUUACCUAUAUAAGCCAUAUUCCGCAUACACGUGUCUGAUGAACAGACUUACUAGGACGCCCGAUGUGCAGGCCUUUUAAUAACCUCUAUGAUUCUAUGAACCGUAUCAUCUUC